AUGCUCCGUCACGGCGUCCUGUCCGCUGCAUGCGCUGCGCGCGCUCUGCCCCGCCGACAACUGUCGACGACUGCCCCCCGCUACAUCCGCAUCAAGAAGCCCGAGGGUGCUGAGCCGGCCAAGCCGACCCCGCCGCCCAAGGCUCCCGAGCAGCCGUCUCCUGCCGAGAAGCCGGCCUCGGUCCCGCCCAGCGUCGAUGCCGGCAAGAAGUUUGAGCCCGAGGUGAACGCUCAGAAUGUUGAGACCACGACCCCCGGCGCCGCCUCCGAGCCCCUUGCCUCCGCCGUUCCCCCGUCUGAGCCGCCCAAGCCCGAGGAAACCAAGGUUGAGGAGCCCGUCGAGGAGAUCCCGGACAAGCCGGACCUCUCCAAGCUCCCUUCGCUGAACAUCGACCCCGAGGCUCAGGCCCGUGCCCAGGAGGCCAUUGAGCAGCCGAAGGAGGACGCCAAGGGCCAGAAGAAGACUGGCGCCGGCAAGAAGCCGCCCAAGUACGAGUCGUCCAUCGACAGGAAGCGUAGGAACGUGGCCCGUCUCGGCUAUGCCGGUCUGUUCGUCGGUGUCAUCGCUGCCGCGUACUACGUUGGAGAGAACCAGGGAGAGAAGGAGGGCGAGGCUAAGGAGAAGAAGAGCUUCAUUGAGCAGUUCAAGGCCAACUUCACCGCUCUUGGAGACAUCUUCUCCAAGCCCGCUUUCGAGGUCCUCCUCCCCGACCCCCUUCCUCCUCCCCACCAGCGCCCUUACACCCUCCUUGUCGACCUCGAGGACAUGCUUGUUCACUCCUCGUGGGACCGCCAGCACGGCUGGAGGACGGCCAAGCGCCCCGGUGUCGACUACUUCCUCGGCUACCUCAGCCAGUUCUACGAGAUUGUCCUCUUCUCGAGCCAGCCCUCGUUCACCGGCCUUCCCGUCUCCGAGAAGCUCGACCCCAUGACCCUCUACCUUCCUUACAAGCUCUUCCGUGAGAACACUCGCUACGUUGAUGGCAAGGUUGUCAAGGACAUCGACUACCUGAACCGUGACCCCAAGAAGGUCGUCAUGCUCGACGUCAACCCCGAGCAUGCCCACCUCCAGCCCGACAACGCCAUCAUCAUGCCCCGCUGGGACGGCAAGGCCGGCGACAAGGGCCUCAUCGAGAUGAUCCCAUUCCUUGAGUGUAAGUUUAAACGUGCCUUCCACUACGCCGGCAAGGACAUUCCCCGCGAGUACGCCAAGAAGGAGGCUGAGCAGAAGGCGGCCGCCAUCGCCGAGUGGGAGCGGACGCACCCCAACAAGGGCAGCAGCUGGACUGCGGGCCUGUUCGGCGGCGGCCAGACCCGCCCCCAGCAGCCCAUGACCUACCUCGAGAUCAAGCGCCAGCAGGCCCAGCGUGCCUACGAGGAGGAGCAAAAGUACUACAACGAGCACAAGGAGGACCUGAUCGAGGAGGACAAGCAGCGCCAGCUCCAGGCCAUGAAGGGCUCGCUCUUCGGCAUGAUGGGUGGAGGUGAUGAGAAGGUGGCGCAGGAGGCUGCCGCCCAGCAGCAGGCCCAGCAGCAGGCCCAGCAGCAGCAGAAGUAA